AUGCAGCAGGUGCUGAGUGUGCAGGUUCGGGCGUCUAGCGCGGGGAGCAGGUGGGUACAGGCAACAUCUAUGGACUCCAAGAUCCUGCUUGCCGGGCACGGGUGGCUCUGGGGCCGUAGAGGAUGGCGCGUGGCCAUUUUCCGCAGUGUGGAUUGGCGCUCGAGGGGCCAAUACGCCCAUGCCAUGGACCCCAUGCAGCACCUGGGCGCGCUAUACGUGGACGACCGUGAGCAGCAGCGCAAGAACUGCUGCAUCGCGUGCAAGAUCGGCGACUUCAGGCUCAGCGCGGACGAGGUGCUGCGCGGCCGCCUACGACGCGAUGCCCAAGGUGGCGAAGGUGGCGCGCCAGGAGGCUCGCGCGUCAUCAUGCUCGUGCGCUUGCCGCUCAUAUCCGACGCGUCGUGCGCGUUCGACACGUUCUGCGAGGUGUUCGUGGCCAAGGACUUCAACGCGUACCCCUACGGGUCGCAGCGGUUUGCUCCGUUCGCCUGCUGGUUGCAGGACAGGCUGCUCAGCGUGGCGGCGUACGGACGGAUGAACUGCGAGUGGCGGCGAAACUCCGAGUGGACCAACGGCGACGCCUCGCUGUCGCUGAGCGCCCCCAUGACGCUCCGCGUCGAUGCUCUUGUGCUCGGCGAGCACCCCUGUGUGCUGCUUCCAGCUUCAUAA